UAGAGUUGCAUGAGCACAAGCAAUCGCUGCUUUAAUGUUGCCGACUACAGUCUAGAUAAUGGAAAGCUUUUCAGUAGGAUGUUAAAAAUAUGUAAGAAACGAGCUAGCGACAUGUCGUCUAUAAUGCCAUAGCAACAAACACAUAAGACUCAAUGACUUAUACGUAGUGAACAGUGAUGGAAUCAUGGGGAUUCCACAUCGCGUCGUGGAGAGAUGUUUGGAUGGGAAGCCAAGCGGGCAAACCCCGAGGAGGUCGUGGACGUGGAACGAAUCACGUGGACGUUAGUGUUGCUCGUAGCCUCUAGGAAAACAUUGCGCUAGCUAACUCUCCGGGUUUCGUUGUGAAGUGUUUGAUAAUUAAUGUCAAUUUAUAAAUCAUUAUUAUGCAGUAUUAGCUAACUAACUUCGAUUUAUUUAACAUGAGGACUGCGUUGUGCAUUCUAGAAAAGAUAGCCAUACAUUUGUACCAGUCACAGGAGGAGUGAGCGUGCAUUCUGAAUGAAUAACAGUGUUUACAGUUACUCCAAGAAGAAACAGCGUGUGCUUUGAGAACGAGGCAGGUGUUUAUAACUGUCACAAAAUGGGUCUUAUGCUUAAAUAAAGGAAACCGUGGGUUUUUGGAGUUCCCAGUGAUUCUGUCUCGUGUAUAUUCUUAAAUAGAAAAGCAAUCGUAAAUGGCUGUCAUAAGGCGAUCACUUUGCGGAAGAAGGGAAAUGUAAUGUAACUGCAACUGCCAUGCAAAAUAAUGAAGCAAUGACUAAUGGUAUAGUUAGUCUUAGUGCAUACUUCAGACUACGGCAUUUGUUACUAGUCAUGGUGAUUUCUUAUACAUUCCCUCCUUCUAUAGGCAAGUCUGUGUUACUCAAGAAAGCAAGAUUAAAAAAGAAAAUCUAAAAGGUUUUGCUCCUAGAAGACACCGCUGCUCUUCGGAAAGGUGCUUUAACUGGGAAAACAAAAUGGGAGCAGUGAAAUUCAUUGUUGUUUAUGCUAUAGUGAUGAUCUUCGGCAAAAGUAUUUUUUGUCUACGUUUUAGUAGCGCUUCUUCUCUUAGUGAUAUGACUCAGUUAUCAAUGAUAGGGAAUAAUACUUCUCAAAAUGAAUAUACUAGUCCAUUUCAAGCUUUCACACCAAUGGCAGCUUCUCAAAAGGGAAAUAUAACAGAGAGUGAUUGUAAUUCCAGCCUCAAUGGGGAAACUUGCAUGUCACAGUUUGACGAUAACCAAUCCAAUGAAACGAAGGAUUUAUUCAUCAUUAACUCCAGAAUGGAUGAUGUUAAGAAUAUAUCUGAGGGAGAACUGACACACGGUCCUCCAGGCGUCCUGGGAAUUGUUCUGCAAGAGCCUGAUAAAAUCAUUGCUUUACAAGAAUCAGAAGAAAGUUCCACACAAGCAACCGAAGUUAAUACUGUUACAACCAUUGCUGCUGAAGAAAUACUCGAUUCAUUAAAUGAAGGAGACAUUGAUUACGAGAAUUCUGAGUUUAAUUUGGAGGAAUAUGAUAAAAGCAUUUCUUUACAAGAAUCUGGAGAGAAAUCUCCAGAAACAACGGAAGCCAACAUAUAUACAACCUCAAUUUCUGAUGAAAUAAUGAUUCCAUCAAAUGAAGAAGAACUUGAGUUUGAUUUGAAGGAACAUGAUAAGAAAAUCUCUUUACUAGAAUCAGUAGAAAGUUCAUCAGAAACAACGCCGCUCAGUAUUGUUACAACUAUAGUUGGAGAUGAUGUAACAACUCAACCAGAUGAAUCGGUUGAUUACGGGACUCUCGAGUCUGAUUGGUCCCACAUGAUUCUUUGUGAUUCUCCUCCUAACAAGUUUUCCCCUGAAUUCAAAGGCAAUAAAGGCAAUGAAUGUCCGAGUGGAGACCGAAUAAUCCUCCAAACUUUCCCAGAUGUAAUGGAUAUGUGUCGAACUAUUUACGGUACUAUGUAUCCUGACGCUCAGCCCUUUGAAAUUGGAUGGUAUCAUUUGUCAGAAGAUUCAUAUCUCGCCAUAUUUGACAAGGAAGACUUUGUUCAGGUCUGCUCACCGCUCUUCGAACGGUUUGAUGACUGUGAAAGAAGAGAUUUUCUUACGAUUUGCUGGAAAUCACAAGUGGCAUUUGUUCGUGACAGCGGCUGCAAAAUUCCAUCUGAGAAUGACUCUCAUUUUUACUCGUUACUGACAAUCUUCUCACUGGUAAAUGACACCCAGUGCUUCAAAAAGGCAUGCGAAGGGCAUCUAAGAGUUGUUGACUCAGAAAUAUCAGGAUUCCACUUUCGACUUAUGAACUCAGGAACCUCGGGUAAUGAUAACAGUUCCUGUGCAGAGGUCUAUGAUGGUCUUGAUUUUGUAGACAAUGAGGAGAAAAAAGAUCUUUUCAUAGCAAAAAAUGAGCACUGGCCUUGCUGCUUUCCCCUUUACCUAGUUGUGUGGGUUGGGAAUCCAGAAGAAAAUGGACUUAGCGGGAGUUGGGACUACCUUCCAUAUUCCUGUCGUGUUGGUGAAAUCAGUCUCAUCGUAAUCAUGGUAUUAUUAGCGGUCAGUAGUGUCCUUGGUAACUUGGUCAUCAUUGCUAUCAUAGGCAGCAGCAAGAACAAAUUGCUGACAACCUACAUGAUCCGGAUAUCGCUAGCCGUUGCGGAUCUCCUGAAGGGUCUUUUCAUAAUCUGCCCUUCACUAUAUGAUCACGCAUCGCCUUUUUUCACUGCAACUGAAUUCACACAAGUGUCACCCGAUUUAAUGAUGACUACUGUCGCCAACGCAAGCAUCACCAGCAUUAGUCUGACCAACACAUUCCUUCUGGCUGACGGGUUCUUAAUGUUCCGAGGCUUCCUUUUCACUACCUGCACCAUAGCUUCUCUGCUCUCGCUCUUCUUACUCAGUAUUGAGAGAUACCUCAUGACGAAACAAAACGCCGAAAUCCGCUUUUAUUUCACCAAAGGAAGAGUUAUCGCACUGUUAGUUUUCUUUUGGGUUGCCGGCCUUGUUGAUGCCAUUUUGCUGUCCUACGACGGGGAGGAAGGCUUCAACGUUAUGUACCUAAAUUUCGAAAAAAUCCCAGUGGCUUACUCGAUGCACUAUCCAGACCAACUGUUCUUCACCAUUGUUCACGACGUCCAGUUUUAUCUGUUCUAUGUCAUAGGGCUGUCGACGCUCGUCUUCUCCUUGCUCGCCUUCAGGAAUUUCCACGUGAGUGACAAGAGGGUCAGAGAGCAGUGGUCAGAACUGAACAUGAAUGUCACCGGACCCUACAACGAGGAGAAUCACUACAUCGUCAACACGAUGUUAGUGAUGGUCGUCUUCUAUCUAAUCUCAGUCGUGCCCAGAACUGUCGAUAUUUUCUUCCACCUGGGGAACUUUCAUUUUCGGUUUACUCACCUUUUUACCUAUUUAUCUUGGUGGUGUUUCAUGGCAUCGUCUGCAUGGAAUCCUUGGAUUUACAAUAUGAGGAGUAAGCGAUUUAGACUGGACUUCUUGCGCCUAGUCAUCAAAAUGCUGCCGGGGAAGUUGCAAGUUAGAUUUGCUCAUUAUCUUCAAGAUCCGGAGAGUGAAUGAGGUGACGAGCGUUCUGAGUACAAACCUUCCUAUAUACAGAAAAUAUGCUACUGCUCAAAACAUGGUUAUUUGAAUGAUUUGAAAAUUUUUUUUAUAAACACACACAUAUAUAUGUGUAUAUAUAUGCAUUGUUUAUUAUUACAAAUGAAUCGCAAAAUUUAUUAUUACUUACAUCAGUGCCCCAAAUUUAAUUAUAUUUUAGGACACACACACAUAUGUAGUGUAUAUAUUGCAAUUCAGUAGUAAUAAUAAUAAAUAAUGUGCAUGAUAACAAUGUUACAAGUACAACACGUUUUGUAAUCCAGACAUUUUCAGUAAUUAAAUUCCACUUGUUAAAGAUAAUGAAGUAAAGGUUGUGUGAAGGCCACAACUAUGUGUUACUAAAGAUACAUGCAUACAUACACAAAAACACAAACACUUAGGAAUGUAUGUAAGUAUAAGUAAAACCCACAAAGCACCGGACCAUCUCCCUUCCUACUCAGAAUAAAUCAGGAAGGAUAUGGUCCCUUGGUGGCCGGUAAUCAAGCCAGAAAAAAAUUUGCAAGAAAAAAAAAAACCAUACUUCUGGCUAGGAAAAAUGCCACGGGCAAAAAAGUAGCACUACUCUACAGUAUUUUGUUUAUGAUUUUACGGUAAUCCUUGUACCAAACACAUGUCGGGCUAAAAGCCUUAGGGGUCACUAUCUAGGAAAGAUUAAUGUGACUUAUUUUCCCUGUGAAUCUUUUCUUCCCUUAAAUUUUUCUUGUCGCUUUUUGUUUUUUUCUAACCGGGAUUCGGUCCCUUCGAAUGCUAGAUAAAUUCCGUUUACUCAGUCUUGUCUUCACGGAAAUGUGUAUUUCAUAGUAUGUACGUAUGUAACUGUACACCCGCACAUGUGAUUAAACAUGUAUAUGCAUAAAUGUCAACGUGCUGGUUUGAUAUAACCCUAAAAUCAUUGUCUGACAUACAGUGUAGGAUAUCAGGAACUUAAAAGUAUUUUUUUUUUUAGCUUAGAAUGGAGAACGAAUCGUGACUUAGUUCUACUACUGAUGAUAAACUCAACCGUUGUAAUAAAGUUGUAACUUGAA